AUGUUUAGCCUCAAUUUGGGCAUAUACUCUAUACCAUCGGAGAAAAAACGAGUCCCCAUAUGUUCGAUCGCAAUACUAAUUAAUAACUCAGUAACCUAUCAAUUACAACACAAAGGUGAAGAUAUUUCAUCAUGGCGACGUCUACAAAUAAGAAGAGAUAAAAAGUUGCCGUCUCUCAAAUAUAAUGGUGCAGUUUAUCAGUAUCGCGGUAAUCAAGAUGUGACACAUAUUGCACAUCAUGUCAAAAACAAACAAAAUCUGAAAUUACCGAUGAAACUCAAAUGGAAAUAUUUUCAAUUGAAUGUCGGUAUUCAUACGGCCAGUAAAUCAAGUCCAGUUGUUGAUCAAACGUCUGUAUACGUUGGGGCUGAUAAUGGGAGAUUGUAUGCGUUCGAUAAAUAUUCGGGUAAGGUCAAAUGGAUCUUCGUCACUCGUCCAUGUAAAAAUGGAAUUCACGGAACACCAGCUGUAGAUCUUCAUCAUGUAUACAUUGGCGAUUACGGUGGUUGGAUGUAUUGUCUGAAUAAAAGCAAUGGAAAUCUCAAAUGGGAAUCCAAGCUUGGUCAGUCAAUUGGUGCUAGCCCAAUCUUAGUUGGCGAACGUCUCUAUGCAACGAUAGAAGUCGGACUACCACGGGCCAAUGGAUAUUUGACGAUGUUAGAUCGAUCGACAGGUGAUGUUUUAUUCUAUUCCGAUCCGUUUGGUGAUCAUUCGCAUUGUACACCAACAAUAUCUAAUCAACGAGUGUACUUAGGUGCCAAUACAGGACGAUUUCAUUGUCUAGAUAUGAAUACAGGGCGUGAAUUAUGGCAUUUUAAUACCAGAGGUCAACGAGCCCGAAAGUUAUAUGAUAAACAGUUGUGUAAAGAAGAUUCAUCUCUGUGCACAUCGACUCUAUCUGCCUUACAAAACACGGGUGAAAUCAAGGGAACAGCAAGUAUCGUCGAUGAUAUUGUUGUAUUUGGUUCGUGGGACAUGUACAUCUAUGGUCUAAAUGCAACAACAGGUCAUGAAAUUUGGUCAUAUCGGGUAACUGGCUUGGUCAUGUCAAGCUCAGCUAUUGAUACAAAGCAUCGCCGCGUGUACAUUGGUUCACAUUCGAAAAUAUUCUACUGUUUGAAUUUAGACUCAGGUCAUCAUGUAUGGUCAUAUGAAACACAGGGUCGAUUAAUGAGUUCACCGAUUCUUGUACCUGUAUCAUCAAUUAGAUGUACCCAAGGAAUCGCUGCUGUAUUCGGUAGUUUUGAUACGAUUGUAUACAUUUUGUGUGCAGAAAAUGGACAAGUUUUAAGUGAAUUGAAAUUAGGAAUGGGAGCAAUAAGCAAUGAAAUUAGCUUUAACAACAAAUCUCUGUAUAUUUCGACCAAUAAGGGAUACUUAGUCAAGCUUGACGGUUCUUAA